AUGCCCCCCACAAUGCCCACACACACCACUUCCCCCACAAUGCCCACACACACCACUUACCCCACAAUGCCCACACACACCACUUACCCCACAAUGCCCACACACACCACGCCCCCCACAAUGCCCACACACACCACGCCCCCCACACGAACAACACGUACCAUGCCCACAGUGACUGGCAUCCAGGGCCUCAACCUGAUUGGUUCGUCCAUCAUCACAGUAGCGGUCAUCAUGCAGAUAGCCGGUCAAGCCAUGCCCUACUGGUUGGUGAAUGAUAAAACACAUCAAACCGCUGGACUCUGGGAAUAUUGUGAUAGCAUCGGUUGUUAUGGUUACAGGACGGACAACUUAGACCCUAGGCUCGAGGCAAGUCGAGUGUUCGCCAUUAUGGGCGUGGUCAGCGGUGUGGGAUCCAUCAUAAUGACACUGAUCUAUAUUUGUCAUCCAAUGAGAAAUGACCAGCCGGACAAGGUGUUUCCUUUCUUGUCUUGUGUGGCUGGGUUUAUUGCAGGUUUUUGUGUGGGCGUGUGUGUGCUGACGUGGCUAGGGUACACCCAGCAUGCAGUGGACAGAGACGCCAACAACCAGUAUGGCACUUCGUUUGUCGUCAGCUGUAUCGCAGGGAUUCUCAUCCUGUACGGCAGCGUCAUCACCAUGUGCGUCCUGGCGAGAAAACAAAGCAACGGCUACCAAAGGUUGCGCUGAAUCUACACGGGACACAACGUCAAGUGCUUCGCGGAUUCCUCACCGUGCCAAAUGCUUCGCGGAUUCUACACUGCCGAUUGCUUCGCGGAUUAGAAACGAUUUGAUUUCGUCUUGAAUUUUGAAAAAAAAAAAAAAAAAAAAAAAAAAAAAAAAACAUGCUUCGCGGAUUCAAUCACGAUUUUAAAAAAAGACAGACACUUAUCAAAAUGUAAUUUUGAGUAACUUUGAAGAUUCAACAUUGUUACGUCAUUGUAUUGUAUUAUUGAGAAUCACAAAGUGAUCUAUGAAUCAUCUAUGAAAAAAACAAGGACUCACAUAUUACAUAACUUUGUUCUCUUACAUUUCAUAAGUCCCUUAGUGCUGUGUUAUAAAAUUGUACUUCCAAAUAUAUUUUUUUUAAAUUUUAAACACUUGAACAAUACAUUUUUAAAUUGUUUUUUUUUCAUCGCCAAUUAAUGCCACUCUGUUUUAUAAGUAAGAGCCAUCCUUAAUUAUAUGAAAAGCUUUCAUAAAACUGUUGAUCAAAACCUUUCAUUUAUUGAAGUAUUCAAGUUAAAUUUAAUGCAUUCAUUCAUUGUCACAUUUACAUACUAUUUUUUCUAAAUUUACACAA